AUGUUCGGCUUUGUGGACUCAAGGACUGUUCUGCUACUUGUAGCAUCCCAGGUUGUUUUACUAUCCGUGGUCAGGUGUCAGGACGAGGACGACCAGGAGGCAGGUGGCUGCAUCCAGGACGGCCAGCGGUAUAAUGAUAAGGAUGUAUGGAAGCCCGAGCCGUGUCGCAUCUGUGUGUGCGACAGCGGAGCGGUUCUGUGCGAUGAGAUAAUCUGCGAGGAGAUCAAAGAAUGUGCCAACCCUCUCAUCCCAUCUGGAGAGUGCUGUCCCAUCUGCCCCGCUGAUGCCAGUGCCCCCAUUGAGACAUUUGGUGCUAAGGGCCAAAAAGGUGAACCAGGAGACGUUGCAGAUGUUGUAGGACCAAAAGGACCAGCGGGCCCAAUGGGACCCCCUGGUGAGCAGGGAGUAGGCGGAGAAGUUGGCGCUAAGGGUGAUAAGGGAAAUGCCGGACCUCGUGGAAGAGAUGGCGAGCCCGGCACCCCUGGAAACCCCGGACCCGCCGGCCCACCUGGACCAGCAGGACUUGGAGGGAACUUUGCUGCUCAGAUGGCUGGAGGUUUUGAUGAGAAGGCCGGAGGCGCUCAGAUGGGUGUGAUGCAGGGACCGAUGGGACCCAUGGGUCCUCGUGGCCCCCCUGGACCUAGUGGAGCUCCUGGCCCACAAGGUUUCCAAGGUAGCCCUGGAGAGGCAGGAGAGCCUGGUCCAUCUGGAGCGAUGGGACCUCGUGGACCAUCUGGACCUUCUGGCAAAUCAGGAAGUGAUGGUGAGGCUGGCAAACCUGGAAAAGCUGGUGAGCGUGGACCUGCAGGGCCUCAGGGAGCUCGUGGAUUCCCUGGAACUCCUGGACUUCCUGGAAUCAAAGGACACAGAGGUCACCCUGGUCUGGAUGGAGCUAAGGGAGAGACUGGUGCCGCAGGAGCCAAGGGUGAGUCUGGUACCUCCGGAGAGAACGGCGCUUCCGGGCCCAUGGGUCCACGUGGUCUGCCUGGUGAGAGGGGACGUUCUGGAGCUUCCGGAGCUGCAGGUGCCCGUGGAAAUGAUGGCUUGCCCGGUCCUGCUGGUCCACCUGGACCUCUUGGUCCUGCUGGAGCACCCGGUUUCCCAGGAUCUCCAGGAUCCAAGGGAGAAGCUGGCCCUACUGGACUCCGUGGAUCUGAAGGUGCACAGGGACCUCGCGGAGAGUCCGGUACCCCAGGAUCUCCUGGACCCUCCGGAGCAUCGGGUAACCCCGGUACUGAUGGUAUUCCUGGAGCUAAAGGAUCUGCUGGUGCUUCUGGUAUUGCUGGUGCUCCCGGAUUCCCCGGACCUCGUGGACCACCUGGACCACAGGGAGCCACAGGACCUCUGGGGCCAAAGGGACAGUCUGGAGACCCUGGUCUGCCUGGAUUCAAAGGUGAAGCUGGACCCAAGGGAGAGCUUGGCCCCAUUGGUCCUCUAGGUGCCCCCGGUCCUGCUGGUGAAGAAGGAAAGAGAGGCGCCAGAGGAGAGCCUGGAGGUGCUGGACCACUCGGACCUCCCGGAGAGAGAGGAGCUCCUGGUAACCGCGGUUUCCCAGGUCAAGAUGGUCUUGCUGGUGCUAAGGGUGCCCCUGGUGACCGUGGUGUUCCUGGUGCUGCUGGGCCCAAAGGUAACGGUGGAGACCCUGGACGCACAGGAGAGUCCGGCCUUCCCGGAGCCAGAGGUCUCACCGGUCGUCCCGGAGAUGCUGGUCCUCAAGGCAAAGUUGGACCCUCUGGUGCUGCUGGUGAGGACGGUCGCCCCGGCCCACCCGGCCCUCUGGGAGCCCGUGGACAGCCUGGAGUGAUGGGAUUCCCUGGACCAAAGGGAGCCAACGGUGAACCUGGAAAGACAGGAGAGAAGGGUCUUGUGGGACGUCCUGGUUUGAGAGGUCUGUCUGGAAAAGAUGGUGAGACCGGUUCUUCUGGACCUCCUGGCCCCUCUGGACCUGCUGGAGAGAGAGGAGAGCAAGGACAGCCUGGACCUUCUGGCUUCCAGGGUCUGCCUGGACCAUCUGGAUCCCCAGGAGAGUCUGGAAAAUCUGGAGACCAGGGUGUUUCUGGAGAGGCUGGAAAUCCUGGUGCUGCUGGACCCAGAGGUGAACGUGGUUUCCCUGGUGAGAGGGGUGGUGCUGGAGCUCAGGGUCUUCAGGGACCUCGUGGACUUCCUGGAACACCUGGAUCUGAUGGACCCAAGGGAGCCCUUGGACCUAAUGGAUCACCUGGAUCCCAGGGCCCCCCCGGCCUGCAGGGUAUGCCUGGAGAGAGAGGAACUGGUGGCAUCCCAGGAGCCAAGGGAGACAGAGGUGACAACGGACAGAAAGGACUUGAGGGAGCUCCUGGAAAGGACGGUGGUAGAGGUUUGACUGGUCCCAUUGGUCCUCCUGGCCCAUCUGGACCCAACGGCGCCAAGGGUGAAACUGGAAUUACUGGACCUUCUGGAGCUACUGGUGUUCGUGGUGCUCCUGGUGACCGUGGUGAGGGCGGUCCUCCUGGGCCUGCCGGCUUUGCUGGACCUCCUGGUUCAGAUGGUCAGCCUGGUGCAAAGGGAGAGCUUGGUGAGUCUGGACAAAAGGGAGAAGGUGGUGCUCCUGGACCUCAAGGACCAUCUGGGGCUCCUGGACCUGUGGGACCUACUGGAGUAUCUGGAAUCAAAGGAGCACGUGGUGCUCAGGGAGCUCCUGGUGCUACUGGUUUCCCUGGUGCUGCUGGCAGAGUUGGAUCUCCUGGUCCUAAUGGUAACCCAGGUUCUUCUGGCCCAUCCGGCCCUGCUGGUAAAGAUGGACCAAAGGGAGUUCGUGGUGACGCCGGCCUCCCAGGUAGACAGGGAGACAGUGGUGUCCGUGGAGCUCCUGGGUCACAAGGAGAGAAGGGAGAGGCUGGAGCGCAGGGAUUAACUGGUACCGAUGGGCCUUCAGGUCCUGCGGGUCUGGGUGGAGCUCGUGGUAUUGUCGGUUUGCCCGGUCAGCGUGGAGAGAGAGGUUUCCCUGGUCUCCCUGGACCUUCUGGAGAGCCUGGUAAACAAGGAGCUUCUGGCUCAUCUGGCGACCGUGGACCUCCUGGACCAGUGGGACCACCUGGAAUUACUGGACCUUCUGGAGAGACCGGAAGAGAGGGUACCCCUGGAUCAGAUGGACCUCCUGGUAGAGACGGAUCUACUGGAAUCAAGGGAGAGCGAGGUAACACCGGUCCCGUUGGGGCCCCUGGAGCUCCUGGUGCCACCGGUUCCCCCGGACCCGUCGGACCCCUCGGCAAGCAGGGAGACAGAGGAGAGAGCGGCGCUCAAGGACCUGCUGGACCAUCUGGACCCAGCGGCGCUAGAGGGAUGGCUGGACCCCAAGGACCACGUGGAGACAAGGGAGAGAGUGGUGAGACUGGAGAGAGGGGACAGAAGGGUCACCGUGGAUUCACUGGUCUGCAGGGUCUUCCUGGACCUCCCGGUUCCUCUGGAGACUCCGGAUCUGCUGGACCUCCCGGACCCAACGGAGCUAAGGGACUAUCUGGACCAUCCGGACCUGCUGGCAAAGACGGAUCAAACGGACAGCCUGGACCCAUUGGACCCCCUGGACCUCGUGGACGUUCUGGAGAAAGUGGUCCUGCUGGUCCUCCUGGUAACGCAGGACCCCCCGGCCCACCUGGUCCUCCUGGCCCAGGCAUCGACAUGUCUGCCUUCGCUGGUCUGGGUCAGACCGAGAAGUCCCCCGAUCCUCUCAGGUACAUGAGGGCCGAUGAGGCCUCCAGCUCCCUGAGGCAGCACGACGUGGAGGUCGAUUCCACACUUAAGACACUCAACAGCCAGAUUGAGAACCUUCGCAGCCCCGAAGGCUCCCAGAAGAACCCGGCUCGCACCUGCAGAGACCUGAAACUGUGCCACCCUGAGUGGAAGAGUGGUAACUACUGGGUUGAUCCCAACAUCGGCAGCACAGCCGACGCCAUCAAGGUCUUCUGCAACAUGGAGAGCGGAGAGACCUGCGUCGCCCCGAACAUCGCCGAGGUACCCAAGAAGAACUGGUGGACCAGCAAGGGCAAGGACCGCAAACACGUCUGGUUCGGAGAGACCAUGAACGGAGGAUUCCACUUCAACUACGCCGAGGACGGCUCUGCCGCCAACGCUGCCAGUGUCCAGCUGACCUUCUUGAGGCUUCUGUCCACCGAAGCGUCCCAGAUGCUCACUUACCACUGCAAGAACAGCAUUGCCUACAUGGACCAGGCCACUGGCAACCUGAAGAAGGCUCUGAAGCUGCAGGGCUCCAACGAAGUGGAGCUCCGCGCAGAGGGCUCCAGUCGCUUCACCUACACCGUGUUGGAGGACGGCUGCAAGAAACAUACAGACCGGUGGGCCAAGACUGUCUUUGAGUACAAAACACAGAAGACCUCCCGUCUGCCAAUCGUGGACAUUGCUCCCAUGGACAUCGGAGGAGCGGAUCAGGAGUUCGGAGUGGAAGUAGGCGCAGUCUGCUUCUUGUAAAGUGGAAUAUCAGAAUGGCCCCCCAAGAAAACCCCCACAGGAAAUAAAUAAACUCAACCAUGAAACAUUACACACACACACACACACACUUCCACAAUAAAGAAGACUGGAAAUUAUAAAAGAAAAUUGAUACUUUUUCCUCUCACAACGAAGUGCUCUCCAAGUCGUACUCCCUGGAUGUUAGCACUGAAGGGCACCGGCAAUAUCUGUACACCAAACCAGCAUUCUGUGUCAACCCCGCUUCCUGAGAUCCAGUCAUGUUUCCCAUGGCCCACUGUUGACGGGAACGAGUCCGAGCCAGGAGGAAAAGAGGGACCAAGCGAAACAAGUUAUGGAGAACAGAAACAUGACUUGAUGUCACUUAUUUAUUGUCUAACCUGAGUGGGCAGAGUUGAGGUAGGACUGGACGGGUUUACUUUGUAAGUAAGACAAGCCCCCUUUCCACUACAGAUCAGCCGCACAGCCUCUGUCCCAGUCCUACUCCACCUCCCUCCAUCUUUUUCCCUCCUGACACACAAAAAUACAGCAUUUUGAAUCAGUGUAGACCAAAAUAAAUAUCCUCAGUAAAAAAAAAUCAGAUCCAGGUGCUCCGGGCUUGUCCAUCGUGAGCUGGAGUAAAACCUUUACUGUGUAUUAUGAAUCCUUGGUUCUGUUGUUGUAAAAGUCUGUGUUUAUAAACAACCAGAUGGUUUUAUAUAUAUAUUUCCACAUUAUGUGUGUACAUGUGUCUUUAUGCACACCAACACUUUUUUGGAAAGUGAGGUUACAUUUGGGGAUGCAUGUUUCAACAUCCCGUUCCCCUUGACUGCCCAUCAGAGGAAGGCCCAAAAAAAAAAAAAUUAAAAAUAAUUUGAGGGAAAUUUGUUUUCAUUUCUUUUAUUUUAGUCAUCCAGAUUGUUUAAAGCUACCUCACGCUGAAAAACAAAGUGAAAAUGUUGAGUUUAAAUCUGAGCUGACCAAUCUUUAAGUUGAAUCUGGGGCUGAAUGGCCAUCUUUGCUUUGGGUUGCUCUCUCUUCAGAAGGUGCUAUGAGUUCUGUAAUUCAGUCCCCCAACACACCCAAACCCCAAUUCCCACUAGCCUCACACCACACACUCACACUCCACCCUGGAGGAGGGGUGCAGUCGGGUUAAGAAAGGAGAGACAGGAGCUACUUAAGAGGCCGACCGAGGACGGUUGCUCGAAAAAAAAACACAGGGUGGGUUGUCUCUGUGUGCGUGUGAGGGCGUGUACAUUUUUUUAAUUAAUUUUAUUACGGUCAAUUUUUGUUUUUAUUUUGUUACACUUCUAAUCGAUGUAAAUUGGAAAAUAAAAGGAAAACCGAAUUAAGAACGAAGUUGAUUUUUAAUUGAGUUGUUGAAUAAAAACAGAAAUGUCGUGAGGACGUAUUUCUUCUUUCAUCAUGUGUGCUUAAAUGUUUUUUUUGUUAUCCUUUGUUACUCUUGACUGUGAGUGCAUAGUCUGUGUGAGUGAGUGUGUGAAAGUUAAAGACUGUGAUGAAAGUGUGUAUUUCUCAUAUGAGACAAUCUCAUAACA